AUGAGUGGGCAGUACAAUGGGCUUCAAGCUAAAAUACUUGAACAAAAUCCUCAAGCCCUAUUUAUUUGGUGUUCUGCUCAUAGUUUAAACCUAAUAGCUAGUCAGGCAGUAGGAUCUUGUUCAAAUGCAGUGGAUCUAUUAGGAAAUUUAGAAAAAAUGUUUACUUUUAUCACUGGAAGUAAAGCACGAUCAGCUUUUUUUAGAGAAAAACAAUUAGAACUCUAUCCAAAACAACAAAUAAGAUCAGUGAAACGUGUAAACACUACUCGUUGGAUGUCACAUGCCUAUGCCUUAAAUACCGUACUCGAUGUUUACGAUGCAGUUUAUCAAACAAUAGAAGAAGUAAGAAAUAUAGACGGAGGAUCAGAUUUCAAACUUGGUGCUGAUUGUAAUGGACUGCUUAGCUACUUGACUUCUUAUAGGUUUUUAAUGACAGCUCUUAGUUUUAAAAAAAUAUUUGAAAUACUUGAACCAUUAACCCGUACAUUACAAGCUCGUGACAUAGAUAUUUUAGCAGCGAUGUAUUUAGUUAAUAGUGCUAAAGAGUCCAUAGUGGCACUGAGAACUGAAGAAACAUUUGAAAAUAUUUUUAUAUUAGCUAAAGAAUUUGAUGAUAAGUAUGAGAAUGAGGAAUUUGAGCUAUUGCGGACAACAAAAAAACGUAAAGUUAGAAAAAUGGAUGGGGAAUUAUGUAGUGAUGAAGUUGAACAAAAUCCUAUUCAAAAGUUUAAGGUAGAUACUUAUUUUGUAGCAUUAGAUAUUAUUAAGACACAAAUUAGUCAAAGAUUUACUAAUAAAACUAUUGAAUUAGAUUCAGAAACAAUAAUAGACAACUUUGCGACAAAAUCUACAGUUUUAAAUAAAAAAUUUAAAUACUAA